AUGUUGAGACGGCUGUGGAACUUUAUUUUUCCUCCGCCUCCGGAGCCUCCGAAGUGGGUCCCCAUUCUUGGAGAGAUGCAGAAGACGCUCGAGAUGGCCGAGUACCUGCCCCUCCGCCCGCUGCCCAUGUUCGAGAGUAACUUUACCCAGGUGAACAACAAUGGGACUCCUGUGUUAUUGCACAACAAACCCAACAAGCUGACUAUGGGUGUCGCAGCAUCCUUGCCUGGCCUAGUGCUGCCUGACAUUCUGUUGAUUGCUCGGCCCCCGGAUGGCCAGGAGUGCUCCAGUCUCAUCCUAACCAGGAUGAUCCCAUUAGACCUUGCCCGUCUCUAUGUCCAUGAUCUGACCACCUGGCGUCUGAAGCUGCGUCUGAGAUCCGGCCGCCACUAUUUCCUGGCACUGGAUGCCCCUGAACAUGAGCUGGCCUUUCUGUUUGACCGCUGGAUUCGUCUCAUCAACAUGCUGCGUGAGCCUAAAUUAUCCCGGGGACCAAAGAGCGUGGCGGUGGACCCUUCCCACCGAGAAACAGCCCCAGAAGGAACUCCUGCCUCCACAUGGCACUUCCAGACCCAGUCUCAAGGCGAACUUACAGUUGAAGUUGCAGCUCAACCUUUUCCUUGCAAAAUAUUCUCUUCUCAAAAACCAAAGAAGACCAAGGUGAAGCUGACCAAAGUGAAGCAGCCAGGACAGCCAGUCAAGCACACAUUCAGGUCUCAGGCUGUGGGUGACUCUGUGCCUCUCAUUUGGUCACAACUGCAAUCUUCUGAGGAUCAGAUGGAAGUCACAAGGAACAAGUCCGAUCUAGAUGCCUGCUCUGAGAGACCUGAACCUCUAAUUGAUGUUUCUGACAAGACCAGCAUCACCAUCCGGACCAUCUUCAGCAUCGUCUCUAAGACGACAAACCAGGCCCACAAAUCUGAUUCUGAGGAGGACACAGGCCGGGAUCCACGAAUGGAGACUCCUACCAAGUGUAUCUCUCAGAACAACAGUUGUUUACCUGUCGUGGACUCUGAUCACCUGGACUCCCUCCUGUGGCCAACAAAAGUUGACCAUCUCAUGGGUAUUCCAUCCAACACAGUGACUUCCUUGAACUCAUCUUUCCCUGCUGCCUUCUACAUCUUUCCCCCCAGUCCCUCCUUUCUAAAGUCCAAAGACAAGGCCAGGCCCACAAUCUCAAAGAAACAUGCAAGGCCACUGUCCUCCCACAAAGCUGCAUCUGUCCCCAAGGAAUCAGGGAAAAUGCCGUUCAUUUUGGACCAGUCUAAUAAGGUGCCAGCUAAGCCUGCUCCUGCUCAGAUGACCUCAGCCCUUCCCAUUCCAUCACCAAAGAUCCCAACCUCACAGUGGUCAAGACCGAAGUCUUCAGCCACACCUAGUUGUUUCUAUAAGUCUCAGCCUUCUGUUUCUCAGAAGACCCCAACUAUCCCUGGACAUCCCCAGAAGCCCCAAGUUGUAACUGCCCCAACCCAGAAAACUUUAACACUGAAUCAGAAGUUUCUACAAGCACUUGCACAUCCCCAGAAAGCCAUGCACCUCAAAAAGGACCAUCUACUCAUAAAUACCCGGUCUCAGAAAGAUCCAACUGCCCAGUACCAGAAAGCUCUCGACUCACGGGCUAAAGACCUUGUGAAUCCUAGCACAUUACAGGGAGGAGACAUGCUUGAGAGAAAGACUGAAGGGAAACAGGAAUCUGUGUUGUUGGUCGGAGAGCAGAACAAAAAGGUGGUAGACAUGAGGGCCCAGACCAUGUCCGUGAAUCUGCCUUUUGCCACUACCAAGAAGCAGUCCAAGGAGAUCUUGAUUAGCAAAACCCAAGAGGUCACACUGGAGGCCUUGAAGGGCAGGGAGAAGUUAGAGAACAGGGUCCACAAGAUGGAGGAGGAGACAACUGUGAACUUGCCUGAUCUAAAGUCCAAGGAGACAGAGAUGCAGAAGAAGUGGGUCUUGAACAAGGAGGUAGCUUUUGAGGGCCCCUACACAGAGGACAAUAGGCCCUUCUCUGUGGAGGGGCUCGCCCUGGCCAAGAUGAUGAUUAUGGCCAACUCCAAACACCAGCACCUGAAGCCAGCUACCAUCUCUCUGCCCUCCUCAUUCCCUAUGACUAACAAGGUGUCUUCCAUGUCUGUGUUGGCCAAUUUGCCCUAUAACACCAGACAGAUGACCUUUCCAGAGAGGACACAAGUAGUGAUCGUGGAAAAAUCAGGGUCCCAUACUAAAGUGAACAAGGAGAAAACACAGCACCAGAAGGAAAGGAAGCUACCUGAGGACUUGUUGAGUACUGCCCAGAAACCCAUAAGUUUGGAUGACAAGUCAGAGCCUUUGACAUCCUUCACCUCCUCAAUAUCCCCCACCUCUGAGACAAAGACCUCAGUCAAGGUGCCCCAAAAGCCUGUAGUAAAACACCAAGGACUCAAGGCACAGUCACAGCAUCAUCCUUCGAUGGUGACAAGGUCAACCUCAGAAAUUCUCCUUCCUGUGAACUUGCGAACGGAGAAUAAGGGGAAAACGGCCACAAAAGCUGAAAUGCCAGUGAAAGAAUCUGGUGCCCGUCAUACUCAGCAGCGACCCAAGGAUUUAAGAUAA